AUGCGAGCACUGCUCCAACCAGCGCCAGAACCGGGAAGAAUUCUUGGCAUUGAGUCCAUCCGCAACGACGAGGGGUUCUCGUCUUCGAGUCUGCCACGAGACGCCAUAGCUCGUCGGUUUGUAGACGCCUACUUCCGGAACGUGAAUCGGGCAUAUCCCUUUGUGAACAGGACCAAGGCUCUCCGAGACCUCGAAAACCUGGGAGAGUCGGCAAAACGACAUCGAGACUCAGACACAACUCUGUUAUAUCUCAUCAUGGCAAUUGGAUGCACUACCCUUCAGAGAGCUGGGCAGAUACCCAACGACACUACUUCGAAGUUCGACGUUGCGUAUGCCGACAUCAUUCAGGAGUGUCUAGCACGAGAAGACCUCGAAUCCAUUCAGAUUCUUGUCCUGGUGGCUUUAUACUCCCUCUUCGACCCCAACGGCAUUUCGACAUGGUCAAUUGCAGGCAUAGUGUCCCGCCAGGCAAUGCUGCUGGGCCUCAGUCGCAGGUCGUCAGAGGAUAAGUCCCUCUCCGCAAUGGACAUCGAGCUACGUCACCGUCUAUACUGGAGUAUUUAUGUCCUCGAUCGGAUGAUGGCCAUCUCACUUGGUCUACCUGUCGCGCUCAUAGACGAGAAUAUGGAUGUCCCUUUGCCCGGAUUGACCAUCGAGGAGUUUGCUUCCCCAGAUAGGCAACACUUUGCUUCCAUCCUCCAGACAAAUCGACACGUCAUCCAGCUGAGACAGUUGGAAGACCGCAUCCUCCGUCAGAUUCAUACCCGAAAGCAAUCCGAGGUUGCCGCCCUAUCACAGGCAGAUCGUCGGGCAAUUGUGCAAAACAUCAGAUCCGAGAUCGAGAACUGGUAUAGCAACGGCUGUCUUGUAUCUCCCCUGGAACCUGACAACGUACCCAUUCACAACUCCGUAACAUGGUUAAGCGCACGCUACUACCACCUCCUGUUACUACUUCAUUAUCCUUGUCAUUUCAACUCUUGCGGUUCCAUUGUCUCAGCAGUUGAGCUCCUUCGCUUCGCGCAAAAGCACCUGCAGUCCACCUCGGUUCUACUUCAGCAGCGUCAGCUACCGCUGAAUCGCGUCACAUUAUGUCGCUUGUUUCCUGUAGGCUUGGUCCUGAUCCACAGCUUCAUCGCCUGUGCCGCAGAGUGCACAUCCUUCUCAGCUAGGGACGAGGUAGCUGUCAUCGUCAGCAUACUCGAGGCCUUUCCUGAAGGCUGGUCGCACGCGCGACAGGCUGCCCAUGUCUUCCGCCAAUUCAUGAGUCUGAUCUCCGGAGUGCCGAACAACGGAUACACCACUCUACACUUCCCCAGUACAAGCAACAACAUCUACGCCAACAACGGUCAAAUGACAUCUUCGAGAGAGUCAUAUCAGGCCAUGGUACGCCCGAUCAUCACCGGGCUGGUAGCUCUCAUGCAAGAGGUCCUUGGAAAGUCUACUUGCUAUGCCUUCCACGAGUGGCCCGCUGAUUGCGCUGGUCAACCUCCCCCGACAACAGGCUUCAGGGGUCAAGCUGCCUUUUCACCCACAGGGCCGACGAGACACUCUGCUGCCGUGGGUAAUGAGGAUUCGGCUAUGGAUUACGGAUGGGGCUCUUUGGAGCUGGGCUUUUUGUGA